ACGCCACAAUCCGCCAUCUUUUGGCGUUUCCAAGCAUUUUACGCUACCGUUCGACGGAGGAAGUUUUACGAAACGAUUUGCGUUAUUUUUGCUCGUUAGUGAAGUCUGCGUUACUUUUGAGUUGCGUAAGGUUUUAUCCAAAAGAUUUUAUCGUCUAGAGAAAUGGAUUCAACUGUUGGACCGCGAAAGCUGAUUCCGCGAGGAGCGAUGCGGAGCGGGCUUGCACAACAAAAGCUCUCCUCUUUCGUCCAGGGAGGAGGAAAGGCAGUCACCGCCAGCAUACAGUGUGACUCUGGGUUUGGAGACGACGAAGAGCUUCGUUCUCAAAGCAUGGAAUGUAAUGACAACGAAAUACGGAGCGUUGAGGAGAGGACGCAAAAUCUAACCAUCUCCGAUCCCGACACGAACACAAGACAUCCUUCCCUCGAAGCGAACGAGCAAGUACUUUCACAGACUGAAGAACUUUUUCUCAAUUAUGCCCGGAGUAAUGAUGUGAGAUAUUUAUUUGCUCAAGAACAUGUUAGAAGGCUGUUGUUUCUACAAGACGACGAUGGAGAUACGGCUCUUCAUUUGUCGAUUGUAAACAUGAAACCCAUGGAAACAGAUGCAAUCAUUUCUGUCGCACCUUGCAGAGAAUGUCUCGACAUGUACAACUAUCUGAAACAGACACCGUUUCACCUGGCGACCAUCACGCGCCAACCCGCCGCGAUCCGAAGGUUAUUGGAGGCCGGGGCUUCUCCGGACAUUCCGGACCGCCAUGGCAGAACAGCCUUGCAUUUAGCUUGCGAGCAAGGAGAUCUGGAUUGUGUGAAGGAAAUUGUAAGGCCAUUAAAUGAUAAACGAUGGAAUGAAGAUAUGAAAGAGAGAGUUUACAAUAUGCUGCAUGAGCGAGACUACAAUGGAUUUACUGCACUUCACAGCGCAGUGUUUAUGCAUAGUGUUCAGAUCGUCAGUUAUCUUGUGUCUCUUGGAGCUAAUGUUAAUAUGCAGGAUGGAAAGAGUGGACGCUCUGCACUCCACCAUGCAGUUGAAGCAGACAACCUGUCCAUGGUGAACUGCCUUCUGUAUGAAUGCAAUGCAGAUGCAGAUGCUAUGACACUUGACGAAAUCACACCACUGCAUAUUGCUGCUGGGCGUGGCAUGGAAUCUAUAGUAGCUCUGCUACUGGCUGCAGGUGCUGACCCGAGAAUGACCAACUAUGAGGGUGAAUCACCACUAGAUGUUGCCACUUCACCUCAGGUGAUUACUAAAGAAGCCCUUUAUUUCAAAUCUUUCAGAUAUGUGAGAUGGUGAAGUUCAAUUGUUAAGUAGCACUGAGAUGAUAUGUCAAGGAUGUCCAAUUGAAUGCAAUAACUCAGAGAUUAUUUUCAACAUACCCUGAUGUAAAACUGUAGAACUUGUAUACAAGCCUACAGAUUUCUUAGUCUAUAAGAUCCAUACACAAUAUGUAAAUAGCAAUGAGACUCAGAGAUUCUUUAUAAAGCUAGACAAGAAAUCAUGUAGAGUGUUUCCCUUGAGGUGUUCAGGAGGGAAUAAGGUCAGAUGGUGGUUUUUACAGGGUUGGAAAUUUAGGACCCCCUAAAAUAACGAAACAGAAAUAACAUCAAAACUGAUUGAUGCUCAUAGAUCAUACAUGACUCCAUUUGAAGCUUAUAAUUUAGGUUUUUCAAACUACAUACUGGUAUGUUUCUUUUGCUGUUAUAGAUCUGCAUGUUAACCUUUUGUAGUGCUGAAAGGAUAAUAUUUUGGUUUUCACUUAGGGAAAUAGAACUAAAAAUAUUUCAGUGGUGGUUCUUUUAUUUAGAGGUUCUGAAAUUAAAGUUAUGGUAACAUUAUUUUAGUUGUUUUUAAUAGUGCAGUACAUACUGUAUGUUCUUCAUGCCUGUUUAAUUACUCAAAAUGCUACAAACAAAAACACAAACUUAUUAAGCUAAUAAAAUUGUAAUUACAGAGAAAUGUUCCUUGAUUUCUCUCAAGCAAGAGGCAUAAUCAAACUGUCACAACAGAAAAUGCUGCUAACAUUCUCAGUUGUGGUUUUAGAUCUGAUAGCCACACUGUUUUACAAAGGACUGAAUUUUAAGAUUAAAAAAAAAAAAAACAGGAAAAAAAAAACAAUGCAUACUAGUUAAAUGGCUACCCUCAGGGAGGACUGUUACAUUUUGCAUGAAAUAAAUUUGUGAUUCAGUUCAA